UUUUUCCGCUGGGCAGUCGCUUGGAAGCCUUUGUCUCGCCUCAACAUGUGUUGCAGCUGCUGUGGAGUGACCCAACAAAAGGUCUGGGUCUUUGGACUCGGAACCCUUUUCGCGGUCUGCGGACUCUUGGCCAUAAUAUGCGGGCCCAGCUUUAUAGACUCGAUGGUUAUGAAGGCCCUGCCCCUGACGCCCACUUCGAAGACCUUUGAAAAAUGGGAGGAGCUGCCCAUUCCCGUAUAUAUCUACAUGUAUCUUUGGAACUGGACAAAUGCCGCAGAUGUCCAGGCUUAUAAAGUGAAACCCACUUUCGAACAACUGGGUCCCUAUGUCUAUCGAGAGGAGAGAAAGAAAAUGGACAUCGAGUGGCACGAUAAUGGAACGGUGACCUAUAACCCCCGGAGAACUUGGUUCUGGGAAGAAGAGUUGUCCGGUGGCAAGCAAACGGAUUUAAUUACUGUCCCCCAUUUACCUUCGCUGGCUGCUUCCAGUCAAAUGCGAAAUAGUCCUGCCUUACUGAAGAUCAUGUUCAACCAGGCUCUGAAUGCGAAUGGAGGACAUCUUUUUGUGACUCACACGGCAGCCGAAUGGCUUUUCGACAGUUUCUACGAUGAGUUCCUUCAUUACGCCAUGACCCUCAAUAAUCCUUUGGCUCCAACCGUCGAGGAUGAUCACUUUGCCUGGUUCCUCCAUCGCAACGGAUCAAAGGACUUCGAAGGACCUUUCACCGUUCACACCGGAGUGGGUGACAUCAAAGAGAUGGGUGAAAUCAAAUUCUGGAAGGGCCAAAAUCACACAGGAUGGUACGAUGGCGAAUGUGGACGGCUCAAUGGCAGCACCACCGAUCUGUUCGUGCCCGAUGAGCCCAAGGAGAAGGCCUUGACCAUCUUCAUCCCGGACACUUGUCGCAUAAUAAAUCUGGAGUUUACGGGCCAGAAAGAAACGAUUCAGGGCAUCGAGGGAUGGAAGUAUGAAAUAACACCGAAUACCUUCGACAAUGGUCAGAUCAAUGGGAACGCAAAGUGUUGGUGUCCUUUGGAAAGGCAACCGGAUAAUUGUCCUGCAACUGGGGCAACUGAUUUGGGACCUUGUGCCGAGGGGGUUCCCAUGUACCUGUCGGCGGAUCAUUUUAUGUACGCGGAUGAGAGCUAUAGCAACACGAUCAACGGCUUCCACCCCAACUACGAUCAAAACAACUUCUAUAUCAUUAUGAACCGAAAGUUGGGCGUGCCCUUGAAGGUCAAUGCCAAUGUGAUGGUCACUUUGUACAUAGAGUCAGAUGAUGUCAUUGACAUACUGAAGGACCUUCCCAGUUUUUAUGCACCUCUUUUCACCACCUCCAGUCGAGCGGAAGUCAAUGAAGCACUAGCCUCAGAACUUAAGUUGGCGCUCAGUCUACCUGCAAUUGGUAGAUAUAUUGGAGUGGGAUUACUGUGUCUGGGUUGCAUUUUAAUCGCCGUUGGCCUGCUCCUUACCAUUAAGAGGAAAUGGUAUGGCCAAUCUGAAUCGGAUAGAUUAGCUCUCAAGGAUAAUGAGGAAAGGCCAAAUGAACCAGAUACAGAAGCCAAUGAAGUCGACAGAAAAUUGUAACUUAGUCUUAACAUUUUGCAUACACAGCAAGCACAUCAGUGUGAUUUGCAAGAAAAACUUCAUGUGAUAAUAAUUUAAUGUGUUAUAAAUAA